CUCUCUCGUUGCGAUCCCACUCGACGCGGUCCUCGCGCAUUAUCUCGCGAGAUCACAGGACAGCUUCCUCUUUGCAUUCUCUGCCGCUACCAUGCCAACCAAGAAGUCUAAGACUAGAAAGCUGCGCGGGCACGUCAGCCACGGGCACGGGCGUAUCGGCAAGCACAGGAAGCAUCCCGGUGGUCGCGGUAAUGCUGGAGGCAUGCAUCAUCACAGAAUCAAUUUUGACAAAUAUCAUCCAGGUUAUUUUGGUAAGGUGGGCAUGAGACAUUACCACUUGAAGCGAAACACUCUCUUCUGCCCCACCAUUAACCUGGACAAGCUGUGGACGCUGGUCAGCGAGCAGACGAGAGUCAACUACGGCAAGAAACCCGAAGGGCCGGCACCCAUCAUUGAUGUCGUGCGAGCUGGCUACUUCAAGGUGUUGGGGAAAGGCAAGCUGCCCAAGCAGCCGGUCAUCGUGAAGGCCAAGUUCUUCAGCAGACGGGCUGAGGAGAAGAUCAAGGGUGUUGGAGGAGCCUGUGUGCUGACCGCCUAAACUCCUUUUGCUAAAUAAAAUAUCUGAAAAGUUUAA